AUGCGUAAUUCGGAUUGGAAUAGUCGUAAUUCACAAACACGUCGUCAUCAUCAUCAUCAUCAUCAUCACAAUCAAACAACAUCUUUAUCGCCAUCAUCAAAUGGUCAUGCGACUUCACUAUUAUCAACUAAACAUCAGUGCAGCAAACCGGGCUGGGCAUAUGAUGUUGAACCAUGUGGCACGAGGUGUUCAAGAAGUGAUGAAGAUGCUGGUAUCACUAAUUUGCAUAUGAAGGGCAAAACAUCACUUGCAGCAACCAAAAUACCAAUUAGUAUUCGACGGAAUGACUUAGAUUAUACAGCUGGAAGUUCAAGUAUUACAUCCAGUACAACAAUUAGUGAAAAUUUACAUCAAAAACUAAUUGGUGUACCGUUCAUCACUACUACAAGUGAUUUAACAUCAGAUGGAUCCAGUGUCGCAGAUUUGAAGCAAUCUAUUAACGCUUCUACAAAUGUUCAGUAUUUAUGCGCAAAUGAGACAGAAAAAACUUCCGAGGAUUCUAUAAAUUCUGUAAGGCGGACAGCAUCAUUCACCUUUAGUCCCAAAGGAUGUUUAGAUAAAGUAAAUCAACGAUUACAAGUGCAUGAUAUCGAACCGAAGAGAAGAUUUAGUAGAUUUGCAAAAACGUUGGAUUUCAUUAAGAGUAAAAUGGACUCAUGUAGUACAUCAACACUGUAUCCAUCCAAGGAAGAAAUCAUGCAAUGGCAGGAGUCAUUCGAACGUUUACUAAAUCAUAAAUAUGGUUGUCUGUUGUUUCGGACAUUUUUAAAAGGAGAAUUCAGCGAUGAAAAUGUUGAUUUUUGGAUUGAAUGUGAAGAAUUUCGAAAGAUGAAAGAAGGAAAGAAGUCAACAAUUCAAAAAGCGCAUUCUAUAUACAAUAAAUAUAUUGCUGAACAAUCACCAAAAGAGGUUAAUUUAGACAGUGAUACACGUGCAGCAACAAAAGCAGCUCUGGAAAAUGGUGCUAAACCAAAUAUGUUUUCGUUAGCGCAAACCAGAAUUGAGCAGUUAAUGGCAAAAGAUAGUUAUAGGCGAUUUUUGAAAUCAAAAUUAUUCCUGGAUCUAUUGACAAAUGAUUCAAGUACUUCAAAUACCAAUAAAACGUUGCAGAAAGAAAAUGAACAUGAACGUCAAUCAAGGUUACCAGAAACCUCGAAAACGACCAAUUCUGCCUAUACUGCAGGAAAUUCGAGGAACUCUUAA